ACGACGAAAAGGAAUGAACGAUGAACGAGCUCAGUCGCGUACAGAGACCGCGUGGGUUUAGAUGCUGUAGACGUUAUAAGCGGCCAUUACAGCCUAAUUUUCCAAUAAAAAUAAAUAAUACACAGUAAGGAAUGGUCAAAAUAGCAGUCCCAUUAAGCCACUUCCUUCGCACUACGGCAGCCAUGUUUGUGACGUGACGUUACGCUGAUCGGACGUUCUAAUUUUGAUUGUCGCGCGCGAAAAGUUUCUCCCGAUCGAAUUCCAAGUGAUUUUGUGACCAGUGCGAAAUAAAUGUUCUAAUUUUAAGUGCAAUUUUCAGUUUUAAUAUUAAAACUGGUAAGGAAUAUAUAAUGCUAUAAAAGUAAAAUAGUGGAGCCUUUUGUGAAAAGAACGAUGAAAGUUUUCAAAAAGAAAAUGCGUUUUUCUAUAGCUUUCGUUAAACUGUAAUUUAGUACAUUCUGUGUAUAUAGUUAAAUUUAGUUCUGUUUAUUAGCACCGACGUUGGAGGCCAGAAAGAAAGAUUCUCCAAAAUGUAUCUACAAGGAAAUAGAAAUACCUGCCUAGUGGCGGCGGCACUAAUUAUAUGCGUUCCGGUAAUCAACAGCCAGACAACUGUGGAAUAUAUUGAAACUACAACACUAGAUCAAACUACAGAAAAUUUUGACACUACCACAGAAUUUAUAGAACAAACAAAAAUGAAAGAAAGUACUUUAAACACAUAUAAUGUCAGGCAAUCACGAAGUCAAAGCAGUGAACGUGUAGACAAUAAAGCAUUAGAAAAAGAGCAGGCUGCAUCACAAGAAUCAGUUAACACUAAAACAGUCAAUAUUGAUGCAAUGAAACCAGAAAGCGCCUCAAAACUAGUUUUAUCUCCAGAACUGAAUCCAAUAAACGUAAACAAGAUAGCAAAAAGUGUAUUAAGACAACCGACAAAACAUAUGGUAAAAGAAUUAAAUGAUGAAGAUUUGCAAAAGAUAAAAAAGGUUAUAAAGAAAUCCGAACAAAAAGCGCAUGUUAGAUAUGACGAAGCGACGGGUGAGUUGAUUGAUGGGCCUCAUCCGUGCCAAAGAGAGUGCAAAGAAGGAGAGGAGCCGAUGAUAUGCUACUACAUGUUUCAUCUAGAAUGGUAUCAGACCAUGAGCAAGGCUUGCUUUGACUGCCCUUUCAACGAAACUGAUUGUCAGAGACUCGAUUGUAUUCCGGCAGAUGGCAUGAACAGACCUCUCAACGUUAUUAAUCGGAAGAUGCCUGGACCCGCAAUUGAGGUGUGCCAACAUGACAGAGUAAUAGUAGAUGUGGAGAACGAUCUGAUGACGGAGGGCACAACGGUACAUUGGCACGGUCAGCAUCAACGCGGGACACCUUACAUGGACGGAACUCCUUAUGUCACUCAAUGUCCUAUCAUACCUGAUACUACCUUCAGGUACCAGUUCAACGCGUCACACGAUGGCACCCACUUCUGGCACUCCCAUUCCGGCAUGCAGCGAGCGGAUGGCGCCGCAGGCGCCUUCAUCAUCAGGCGCCCGAAGUCCCAGGAUCCGCAUGGCGCCCUAUAUGAUUAUGAUAGAUCGGAGCACGUAAUGAUAGUAACGGACUGGAUCCAUGAGCUGUCCGUGGGCAUGUUCACGGACCACCACCACUCUAAAGGGGACAAUAAGCCCCCCACCCUUCUCAUCAAUGGCGUGGGGCGGUUUAAGGUGUUCAACGAGACCCUUAAGCCGUUCUAUAUGAAGACGGCGAGGUUUAAUGUGGAACAGGGCUACAAGUACCGUUUUCGCGUGAUAAACGCGGAGUUCCUGAACUGCCCCAUCGAGAUGUCGGUCGACGGACACAAUAUCACGGUCAUCGCUUCCGAUGGCUACGACCUGGAACCUAUCACUGCAACAUCACUGGUGACGUACGCUGGGGAGCGCUAUGACUUCAUCCUAGAAGCUAACAACGAGAUAGAUAACUACUGGAUACGUUUCCGAGGCCUCAUGGAUUGUGACGAAUUAUUCACAAAAGCAAAGCAGGUGGCAGUCCUACACUAUGAAGGGGCUAUGGAAUCAGAGCCCCCCGGAGACCCAACAUGGGAGGAGCUGCAUAACGAAGGACUGCAACUGAACGCACUUAACAAAGGAGAAGAGGAGAAUGAAACCAUCAGCGUCGCAGAAAUGAGGAGUCUUGCUGGCUAUGAUGACAGUUUGAAGGAGAUUCCUGACUACCAGUUCUACGUGGCUUAUGACUUCUACGCGAAGAACAACUCACACUUUCACAAGUCACCUUAUUAUGGAUAUUAUCAAGUGCCACACCCGAGUAAUCGUCUCUACACGCCACAGCUUAACCACAUCAGCAUGAAGAUGCCCUCAAGCCCUCUCCUCAUCGACAGACCAGCUCCUGACAACUUCUGCAACAUGUCCAGCGUUGAUGACGAGUGCAGAGAAGGCUACUGUGAAUGCCCCCACGUUCUUUCCGUCAAACUGAAUUCUGUCGUUGAAAUCGUCAUACUUGACGAAGGAAUCACAUUUGAUGCUAAUCAUCCUUUCCAUUUACAUGGACAUAGCUUCAGAGUAGUAGGUUUGAGAAGAUUGGGAAAGGAUACUACUAUUGAAGAAGUCAAGGCUUGGGAUGAAGCGGGACUUUUGAAACGUAACCUUAAGAACGCACCCAUAAAAGAUACCGUCACUGUCCCUGAUGGGGGAUACACAGUCAUCAGAUUCAAAGCAGACAAUCCAGGGUACUGGCUUUUCCAUUGUCACAUAGAGUUCCAUGUUGAAAUAGGUAUGGCGCUAGUUUUCAAAGUAGGUGAACAUAAGGAUAUGCCUCCUGUACCGACUAACUUCCCUAGAUGUGGGAAUUAUAUGCCUGAUAAUAUGAUCGAACAUGAUACGACUCCUAAACCUAAUAAUGAUAAUCAUAUAUCCAUAACGCAAUGGUGGCCAGUCAUAUAUAUGAACGGAACCACUUCGUCUGCAACAAGUAUAUUGAGUAGUUUAACAACGAUUUUAGUCAGUACGGGAUUACUAUUUUUUAAAUUUUAUUUGACGUAAGUUAUAACAGUAUUAUCUAAGAAAACAGUGCAAUGUAUACUAUGAUAUAAGCUUAUAUGACUUUUAAAACCGAAUUUGUACUUACUGAAUGUAUGUUUUAUAGAAGCCCUAUUAUUGAAGUAUUACUUCUUAACGUCUUAUGUUGCGUUUUACAGUACUUACACAUAUUUAUUGUAAACUACAGUUUAAGGAAAACAUGUAGCUAUAAGUACGUCCACACCAGUUUAUUAUAUCUUAAAGUUUAUAAGUAUUCGUUGAAUAUAAAAAGUUUUGGUUGGUGCCUACAACAAUAAAAUUAAUGCAAUGGUGACAAAUGUAUUUUAGGAAUGUAUUUUGUAUUGUUUGAGAUUACACCUGCCUAAGGCAUGCUGGACAUACCUUGAUGACUUACGAGACGAGUAUAUACAAAGUAGUAUAGUGACAAAAAUCUGGACGCACAAAAUACGUUUUGUAUAGGUGGACUGGAGGUUAAGUCACGCACACAAGAACAAAUCAUGUAACGACACUGAGAUUUUGAAAUUAGUGUUCUUUUUCGUAACGACAGCAAAUUGAACAGCCAACUAUAAGAUAGACUAAAAUGUUUCUUCAAGUUUUUUAGCAAAACCCCGUGCGCUUAAGUCACAUUCAAUACAGUUUUUGCGAUAGUCCGCUGUAGCUGUGUGUGUACUCAUUCAACUCCUCUCUCCUGGCGAUAUCUACGAGAUUAGCAAUGUAAAUAAUUUGCCCGUCACAGAGUCACGUUCAGGGGGUGGGUGGUCAAACCCGAUAACUCGAGCAAAAGGGUUUUUGAAAUUGGAACUUUAAGAGACCUACGUGGAGAUCUAAUUUGAAUGAAAAAAUAUUUUGAUUUAUCGAGUUUGACCUCCUAGCCCUGGCAUUGUGAUAGUUAAGGUUAUUUGCUUGUCAAUCGCUAAUUAGGUGAAGAACCUAAGUAAUCUAGGUAGGCAGCUGUUCGACCACGCACGAGAAAGCGACUAGCGAUCGAUUACUCGACAUUCAGCUGAAGUGUUAGUUACUGCUGAUUCCGCGUAAAUCAAAGACAUGCAUAAUAUAUAAUUCGUUCAUCGUUGAAUGGUCAUACGGGCGAGUAAGAGAAAGCCACAGUGAUAAAUUGCUCAUCGCUACAAGCUUCUUGCUGAUCUCUGCCCGUCAAGCAGCUGCCUAAAACUUGCCAAGUACAGUGAACGAAUAAAGUUUUGUUUCCUGUAGUAUCAAAUCGAUCAAAUAUACUCUUGAUAAGGUUUUUGCUGGUGAUAUGUGAUAUUAUUAGGUACCUAGUUGGAUAGUUAAUGAAAGUAUAAUAUGUUAUAACAUAACUAUGAGUUAUAAAAUGUAAAAUAUAAACAGUUCAAACUUUGA